AUGGCCUUCCAGGGAGCCUCCUCUUCUUACUCUUCCACCCAUCCAUGUACUUAUGAUGUCUUCUUGAGUUUUAGAGGCGAAGAUACUCGCAACAAUUUCACUGCUCAUCUAUGGGCAGCUUUGCGUCAAAAGGGAAUCAACACCUUUAUGGAUGACAAUCUCAGAAGCGGAGACGAAAUUUCACUUACACUUCUCAAAGCCAUUGAAGAGUCGAAGAUUUCAAUAAUUGUAUUCUCUAAAAAUUAUGCAUCAUCCAGAUGGUGCUUGGAGGAGCUAGUGAAGAUCCUUGAGUGUAGAAAAACAAAGGGGCAAAAUGUUCUACCAUUGUUUUACAACCUAAAUCCAUCGAUAAUACGGAAUCAAACCAAUAUUGUUGGAGAAGCACUCGUCAAACAUAAAGAAAGGUUAAAAAACGAUGAAAUGAAGGUGCAAAGGUGGAAGACAGCCCUAAUAGAAGCAGCCAAUUUGUCAGGGAAGCAUUUAGAAAACAGGAAUGAAUCUCUAUUUAUUCACGAAAUCAUUGAAUGGGUGAAUUCGAUAUUAGUAAACAAGACAUACUUUCAAGUUGCUAAGUAUCUAGUUGGAAUAAAGUCUCGUGUACAAGAUGUGAAGUCGCUUUUAGAUAUGGAGAAAAAUGACCGUACAUGCACAAUAGGGAUCUUUGGAAUUGGUGGAAUUGGUAAGACAACUAUCACCAAAGCUAUCUACAACUCAAUUGCUUCUCAGUUUGAAUGUAGUAUUUUUCUUGAAAAUGUUAGAGAAACUUCCCGCCGAAAGGAUGGUCUAAUCCAUUUGCAAAAUAAACUUCUUUCUAAAAUCCUAGGAGGUUUAAGUCAAAUGGUUGACAAUGUUGAUCAAGGAAUUACUUUGAUAGAACAGAGGCUUCGCCUAAAAAAAAUACUUCUAAUUCUUGAUGAUGUGGAUCAUUCAGACCAAUUAGAAAAGAUUGUUGGAAAAGGCGAUUGGUUUGGCUUAGGAAGUAGAAUCAUUAUAACAACAAGAGAUAAACAUUUACUAAUUAAGCAUCAAGUUUUAGCCUACGAGGUAAAGGAAUUGGAUCGUUACAAAUCCCUUCAGCUCUUUAGUUGGCAUGCCUUCAAUAGAGACAGACCUAAUGAUGAUUAUGUAGAAGUCACAGAAGAUGCAGUAUGUUAUGCUCGAGGAUUGCCACUAGCUUUAACAGUGCUAGGAUCGACUUUAAAAGGAAGAGAUAUAUUUUAUUGGAAAAAAUAUGUCACAAAAGUACUAGAUAGUCGUGGUUUUCACUCAUAUAGCGGCAUCGAAGAGCUAAAGGAUAAGUGCUUGAUAACUCAAUCUUGUGGAUCAUUGGUGAUGCAUGACUUGGUGCGAGAAAUGGGUAGAGAAAUUGUUCGACAAGAAUCACCCAAGGAACCUGGCAAGCGCAGUAGAUUAUGGUUUCAUGAAGAUGUCCGUAAUGUCCUAGAAAAAAAUACGGGAACAAACAAAGUUGAGGGCUUAUUGAUAGAUUUGCCUGAAGUAGACUUGAUACACUUAAGUUCCAAAGCUUUCAAGAAGAUGAAAAUGCUCAGGCUAUUUAUAAGCCAUAAUGCACACUUUUAUGAAGAGCCUGAUUUUCUCUCUAAUGAGCUAAGAUUGCUUGAUUGGUCUGAAUAUUCUCGAGAAUCUUUGCCAUCCAAUUUUCGUGGAAAGAACCUUGUUGUUUUAAGAAUGUCUCAUAGCCACCUCAAGAAAUUGGAAGGAGUUGAGAAUUUCAAAAACAUGACAAUUAUGAAUUUCACUAAUUGUAAAUUUUUAAGAAAAAUUCCAGAUGUUUCAAGCAUCUCAAAUUUGGAGAGGUUGAUUCUUGAUGGUUGCAAAAAUUUAGUUGAAGUUCAUCAUUCAGUUGGAUUUCUUGAUAAGCUUGUUUGUUUAAGGCUUGCAUACCGUUCUAAUCUUAAGAGUUUUCCAAAAAGCCUCAAGUUGCAAUCUCUUAAAUUUCUUUCCCUUUUGGGGUGCUCUAGGCUUAAGAAGUUUCCUGAAAUCGAGUGUCAAAUGGAAUGUUUAGUGUACAUUGACUUCCAAUAUACUAAUAUAGAGGAACUGCCUUCAUCUAUUGGGUACCUCAUUGGAAUUAAGACAUUAGAUCUAAGUGGUUGCAAGAACCUCAAGAAUAUUCCAAAUAACAUUUAUCAAUUGCAACAUUUAGAGCGUCUCAAUCUCGGGGGUUGUAAUAGUUUAAAAGGAAUGCCUCCAUACCCUUCUUCAAAAUUUGAGUUUCUACAGAAAGUGAUUGAUAACAGACAAUUUAUGUCCUCUGAAAUACUUGACCCAACUCAACGGUGGUUCCAUGAACUUGGCCCAAUUCACCGGUCAGAUUUUCUUUGCCUAGCAAACAUAAGCACUGCUCUCGUCAGUCCCAAGGUAGAGAAGAAAAAAUAUCAUGCGACAGAAGAUUUUCGUUACUACAGAAGGUGGAGGAUGAUAGACGACAAUUUAUGUCAUCUGAAAUACCAUACCACCAUCGGAUCCUCAUGA